AUGUUCCCGUCGCGUGUGGUGCCGAGCGGAUCAAGCAGAAAGGACACCCGCGUGUGCCAGCGAUGUGAACGUCCAGGGCAUGCGAUCUACGAAUGCAGAAACCCGAGGCCCUAUAAAAAACGACCCACGCGUACGCAAGUGCUUAUGAAUCCAUCACUGGCGGUGCCACGGCCUCUUGAAAAGGCACCUGAGCCGGUCCGUGGACAUGGAGUAGCAGACCAGAUUCUGGCAGAGCGAGAAAAUGAUCGAAAAGUGCGCUCGCCUUCUGUGACGUUAUCAGAUGACAAUGACUCGCACGGGACUCAGUCAGCGUCCUGUAGCACAUGCUCUUCACCACAUCAUCCUUCAUCUUGCAGUACGUGUUCAUCGAAACAUGAUGCGACGCCACUCAGACGCACACCUUCACCAGAACCUAUACGACGCACAUACCAUAUGGACCAGUAG